AAAGUCUUAACAAAAUGUUUUGAGCAAUUAUUUCUUUUCAAAAUGUUUAAGUGUAACGGUUUCUUAGCUUUUAUAGUGUUUAUAACAAUUGCUGAAUUCCUAAAUGGGUUUGUGGUGCCCAGUGCAGUGGAUAGUAAUAAAGGUCGCAUUGUGGGGGGUGUAGAGACGUCUAUUGAGAGACACCCCUAUCAAGUUUCCGUGCGCUUGCUAAGUUUUAAAUUGCUACAUAUUUGUGGUGGUUCUAUUUAUGCUCCUCGUGUUGUAAUUACUGCCGCUCAUUGCAUUAAAGGACGUUAUGCUUCACAUAUAUGGAUAAUGGCUGGAAAAUCAUCAAUAAUUGAUCAAGAGCCGGCCCAUAAAGUUACAAAAUUGAUAUACAAUCCAGGUUAUAAUAAAAAGGCUCAUCUAAAUGACGUGGGUCUUAUAAUAUUAUCAGAAGAGCUAGUCUAUUCUUCUGCGAUUCAACCAAUCUCUUUAGCCUUACAUAAACCUACAGUUGGAUCCACAGCCACCGUUACCGGUUGGGGAAAAGAUAAUGAAGAUGCCGAGUUUUUGGAAAAUAACUUACAAGCAGUGGAAUUGCAGAUAGUCGAUCCUGACUAUUGUAAUAUGCAAUAUUCGGCAAAAAGUUUAACUAUUACUGAAGAAAUGGUUUGUGCCGGUGUCGAAGAUUUUUCAAAGGACUCUUGUCAAGGUGAUUCUGGUGGUCCGUUGACAAUCGAUGGCGAGUUGGUUGGUAUCGUUUCUUGGGGUAUUGGCUGUGCUCGCGAAGGAUUCCCCGGUGUUUAUGCUAGCAUUCCCUAUCAUACUCAAUGGAUUAUAGACAAUGCCGAACCUUAUAUCUAAAUGACACUGAACAAAUUUAUGAUGUCGCUGGCGAAGGAUCAAAUUGUGAAUACAAUGAAAUUAACGAACAAAAGUUUAAUGAACAAAUUUUAAUUUUAGUUUUUAAGUAUAUACAUUAGGGUGGCCCCGUUUGUAUGGAGAAAAAAUAAGGUAUCGAUGUUCCCGCCUAAAAUGAAAAUUUGAUUCAUUCUAAGACUACGUUUUGAAAUUUUUUCGUCCUGGGGUCAAUAUUUGGCGAGCUGGAUCAAAGGAUAAAAAGGUCCUUUUUUGAGGUUUUUUACAUUUUUUCCAUAUUUCUUCCAAAGGAAGUAUAUGUAAAUUUGGUAUCAUAUGAAAGGUCUUUGAGA